GGAUAAAAUUAUUUUCAUGAAAUAUUCAAACUUGUCCAGUUUUUUACUUUUUCAUGCAAAGGUCAGUUUUUAUUGGAGAUUUCACAACUUUCACGAGGCCUAAUGAUGGUUUACUGUGAAUAAAAGUAUUUUUAAUAUUUUGUUAAGUGCUGUAGUACUUUACUGUACUGUAGUGUAAGUGAAGUGUACAGUUCAGCGAUAGAUUAACUCGUAUCCGCGAGUAUAAUUACCAUGCAUACUCUGACUAUAUUCGUUCUAAAAAGAGGACAAGUAUUUUUAGCAGAUUUCGGCGACUUUUUCACAACGAUCAUUUCGUUCAUCUGAAACCAUUGGUAGUUUGACGUACCAUCUUCGUAUAAUGUUCAGAUUGAACACUGUUACCAUAAUGAAAGACCGCAUUAAUGACAUUAUAGUAUUUAUUUUUUAUACAUACUUUCGCGGUUGAUACAUCACGAAUUUUAAGAUUAUUUAUUGGAGGUCAUUUCAUAGUAAUUUCACAUGGGUUUAUAUCUUCAGGUUUAUACUACUAUACCUUGAGGUCGUCUCCACAUGAGACAAGAAUGAGAUGAAUAAUGAAUUUGUCGCACGCGGUAUCCUUAUUCCGAUUACUUUGCACGUAUACAUAUAUUUUUACGCAAGGGACAAUGUUAAUGUUCUACUUGAGUGCUUAAGCAAAAGACAGUAUUAGAUACACUGUUAAAAUACAACCGCGCGUUUAAUCCCUUUAGGAAUGCUAAUAUGCCUAAGCCCGUUUACCUCUUUAGCUUGAAAUCAGUGGCUCAUACAGAUGAAUAGUCUUCUUUCUUUCGAAAAACGUCUUUGAAUUUCAAAAUUUAUAUUUUACAAUACUUCAUAAAGAAAUGCAAAUAAUUCUAAAAUAUUUUGUGACAAAUAAUACACAUUUACGGAGUUCAAUUUUUUCUUCAGUCAGAUGCAGAUUUUAUUACAAUGUAUUCAUUCCUUUAUAUGUGUCCGUUUCCUUUAUUUCAAUAAAAUUUUCAAGGAAAUGUAACAAAAUUCAUUUGCCAUGAAAUUUUCUAAGAAUUGCAAACUCAUUGGCGAAUGAUUUCGAAGAAAUGAAUUUUAUUCAGAAAUAGUAGCGGUUCGCAACAAGCCGUGGAUCAGUAAGGCGACACAGGUGCGCAUACGCUUACCUGUGGACUGUGGCUGGUUAUGUAACACGUUACAGACUCCAGCAAUUGGCAAACGAUAUUCCGUGUGCGGCCACGUAGCCAGACGAUGUCUCUCUUGUACUUUUUUUUUAUCAUCUUCAAGACACAGUUGAUGUUUAAAUUAUCGGCGUGUACUGCAAGGACAUUCUGAUAGUCUGUUGUUUAUAAGUCUCGUCUAUUUCUGCAUUUGAUCUGUAUGGAAUGUCUGCAGCUAUAUAAGAUCGAAUCUCGAAUAAAUUAGAGUGUAACGUUACCGUCUACUAUAAUUUAUCAUAAAGUAAGAUCGAAAAGCACUGUAUCCUAUGAGAUUCCAUUUAAUUCUUGCGUUUGGCUAGAUUUAGAUAUAAUGAAAAUUUUUUCGUAAAAACGAGACUGCUGCAAUUCACUUUAACAGGUGAUCGCAUCUGAUCUCAUGUGCUUGAGUUCUUGACUCACUUUAUAUAAAUAGAAAUGCGAAACGUGAAUCAACGCAAACAAUAAAAUAUAUUACAGAUAUUUCGUAAUUACAUCACACUGGAGAAUUUUGAUAAAUUACGAGAUAUAAACUCCUCAAAAUUCGGUGAAUUUUGCAUUGGAUAGAAAUAUAAUCCGAGAAAAGUCGUGAGAUUAAUAUUAAGGUGAAAUGUAUGAAGAUAAAAGUUAUCUCUCAUAGCUUUAUUUGUUGAUGAUGAAACGAACAUUUAAAAUCUUAAGUAUAACGUUAUUUAUACCUUGGGGCAUACUUAGUAACCUGUGGCGACAAACGAAACGCUAUAAAUUAAAUUAUUCCUGGUACUUACGUGUAUCGUUUAAUGCGAUUAACCAGCUGAAUCAUAAGAUAAAAUUCGUUAUAUAUUUAAUAACGUAUGCUUUAUCUGCGACGUGAGAUUAUGCAUUUAUAUUGGAAUUCUUUUCUUCUUUCUCUCUUACUUUUUCCAAAGCAGAAAAAUAUAAGUAUCCUUGAACAUCGUGACUCACAUCAUGUUUUUAGAGUAUACACUUACAAUGGCAUUAUACCAAUUGAUUUAUUAAAUAAAUGCAUAAUUCUAUUCAUUCGCACAGUAAUUUAUGAAAAAAUUGGUGAUUGGUUGACAGAUUUUUCUCUUUUCUAUAAUUUUUUCACUUCUUAUUGUGUAUAUGCACACAUGAAAUUAUUAAUAGUAUUGAAUACGACUUGCUAAUUUUAAUUGAUAUCUUCUUUAACGAAGUAUUAAUUAAUUAGUUGACCAAAAUGUAUGAUGCAUUGCUAAAUUUAAGACGGUAUGCGUAUCGGAUUAGUACCUAUGUGUAAACUAAACUUACUAAACAAUGUACUAAACUGAUGGUAGCAUUCGAGAGUGUAUCCUACAGUUUUAGUAGAUUAAUUUUGUUGGUUUGCUAUGUGUGUGUAAGAUGAGUAAUAGAACGUACUUUCCUGAAGUACGGUUUUAUCACAAAACAAUGAUUUUAUCAUGAAGCAUUAGCUUUAUAAGGUGUAUAGCACAUAUCUUCAUAUUGUCCUUUGUCUAUCUGUGUGGACGUCUUUGAAAUUAAUGGGUUUUUGUACGUUUUCCAUUUGGGAAGAGGAUGACUGAAGUUUCUGACGUAUACAGUAAUUUUAAAGACGGGCAUAUGGACAAGACAUCAUAAUCGCUUAUUCGUAUACUUGAACUUUAACAUAUUUUUAUGCUUUGAACGCAUGCCAACCGCAAUACUAACAACUGGAAGAGUGGACUAUUUCCGUUCUUGUCUAGGGUGGUUCCGUGCGGCCUUCGAAAAUUCUGGUGAUGAACCAGGAAGUCAAGAAGGAGACUCCUCUACAGUUCAAGUUCCGCGCCAAGUUCUAUCCAGAAGACGUUGCCGAGGAAUUGAUUCAGGAUAUUACGUUACGUCUUUUUUACCUUCAGGUAAAGAAUGCUAUUCUUACGGAUGAAAUCUAUUGUCCUCCGGAAACAUCUGUAUUGCUAGCCUCCUAUGCAGUACAAGCAAAACAUGGAGAUUACCAGAAAGGUACGUAUACUGCUGGUUUUCUGUCAAGUGAUCGCUUGCUACCGCAGCGAGUUGUGGACCAACACAAGAUGAGCACAGAGGAAUGGGAAAGCUCGAUUACUAACUGGUGGCAAGAACAUCGUGGAAUGUUACGCGAAGACGCUAUGAUGGAAUAUUUAAAAAUCGCUCAAGAUUUAGAAAUGUACGGUGUGAAUUAUUUCGAAAUCCGUAAUAAGAAAGGUACAGAUCUUUGGCUAGGCGUUGAUGCCUUGGGCUUAAAUAUUUACGAGAAAGAUGAUAAGUUAACACCGAAAAUCGGGUUUCCAUGGUCUGAGAUAAGAAAUAUCUCAUUUAAUGAGAAAAAAUUCAUCAUUAAACCAAUCGAUAAGAAGGCCCCAGAUUUUGUAUUUUUCGCAACUAGAGUUAAGAUUAAUAAACGAAUUUUGGCAUUGUGCAUGGGCAAUCACGAACUUUAUAUGCGCAGACGUAAACCUGAUACAAUUGAUGUACAACAGAUGAAGGCUCAAGCCAGAGAGGAGAAAAUCGCCAAGCAGCAACAAAGAGAAAAGUUGCAAUUGGAAAUAGCUGCAAGAGAACGCGCAGAGAAGAAACAACAAGAAUACGAAGAAAGGCUUCGAAAUAUGGCAGAGGAGAUGGAUAGGCGGAAAGCCGAAUUGACAGAGGCCCAAGAAAUGAUUCGACGUUUAGAGGAACAUCUUAGACAAUUACAAGCUGCAAAGGAAGAAUUAGAGGAUCGCCAGAAGGAACUCACGGCUAUGAUGGAGAAACUUGAACUUUCACAUGAAAUGGAAGCGGCAGAACGUGCUAAACUUGAACAAGAAAUCAAAGCUAAGCAAGAAGAAAUACAGCGCAUACAAUCUGAGGUAGUGGCGAAAGAUGCUGAAGCAAGGAGGCUUGAAGAAGUAUUUGAAGCUGCCAAAUUGAGGCAAGAGGAAGCUGAUCGGCCAUAUCAAACUAAUAACACACCGCAUCAUCAUCAUGUUGAAGAAAAUGAGGAAGGCGAAGAAGAAGGAGAAGACGAGGUGUCUCAUGGUGAUGUUACUAAAGAUCUUGCAACUGACGAAUCGAUAAUCGAUCCAGUCGAGGAACGACGCACUUUAGCAGAAAGAAACGAACGUCUUCAUGAUCAACUAAAGGCCCUGAAACAAGAUCUUGCACAAUCACGCGAUGAAUCAAAAGAAACUGUCAUGGAUAAAAUUCACAGGGAAAAUGUGAAACAAGGUCGUGAUAAGUACAAAACACUUCGUGAGAUUCGCAAAGGCAAUACUAAACGUCGUGUCGAUCAAUUCGAGAACAUGUAA